GUAGCAGCCAUACUCCCAACUUUUGUUCUUCUUCUUCCCCAAAGUAAAAUUCUAUCACCCAAAAUCAGAUUGAAAAAGGAAUUAAAUUUCUUUUUUUCUUAUUUAAUUUUAUUGUCUUCCUAACUUGUAGUCUUUGUUUUUUUCAAAGAAUAAAACUCGUUCUAUAUUCUCCUAGUUAGGGUUUGAGAAAAAUCAUGUCAAAGCGUAGCUUGACUCGCAUUUGUAAAGAUGAUACUGAUCCAAUGUUGCGUGAAAGUGUGCGAUGCAAACACGGGGACUUGCUGACCUUGCAGACUUCUUGGUCGGAGGAUAAUCCCGGAAGAAGAUUUUGGUCAUGCUCACGCUAUCGAGAAAACUCGUGCAAGUUCUUUAGGUGGAGGGAUUGGGAACAAAUUGAUGAUAGAGCCAAAUGGGUUAUAUCAAGAUUGGGGAAUAGAGUUUUGGAUUUGGAAAAAAAAAUAACGUUUUAUGAAACAAUGGAGAAUGAGUCUCAAUUGAUAACGGAGGGAAGUUAUUGUCAUGAUCAAAUGAUGACGGAUGGAAGUUUUUGUCAAGUUCAAGUGGAUUCGAUGAACAAUUAUUCUAUAUUUAAUGGGAAGCAAAUGAUGUUUGUUGGUAUCAGUGUUUUGUUAUUAGGUGUCUUAUUAAGCUUUUGUUGUUGUCCGAAUAAACUCAAAGAUGAAACUUUGUUUGUUUUCUUUAUUUUGCAUAAGUUUUAAAUUAGUGUAGAUAUUGUAUUGUAUUGUAUUGUCUUGAAUUAUGCGUUUGUUAAUGUAAUGUUGUUUAUCGAAUGGUAAUAUGAAU